AUGAAUCGUAUCCGCCAAUGGGCUUCUACUCCUUCACCGGAGUAUGAGCCAAUCGAGCAUCCAGCCGACGCCAAUAACGAGGAUCAGCAGUCUAUUUCCUCGCAAAAUCAACCGGUUCCAGGCUUCUCCAGGUUUGAAUAUGGAGUCUUCCUUCUCCUGGGAGUGUCUAUGCUGUGGGCCUGGAACAUGUUCCUUGCUGCUGCGCCAUAUUUCCAUCGCCGUUUCGAAUCAAAUGACUGGGCCGCUACCCACUACCAAUCCUCCAUUCUGACCGUGUCGACAAUAACUAAUCUCGGCUCGGUAUUUAUCCUUGCGAGGCUACAGAAGGGGGCGUCAUACCCGAAACGAAUCAACAUUUCAAUACUCAUCAAUAUCGCCGUUUUCACCCUGCUCGCUUUCUCGACAGUCAUCGCGAAGCAUGUCUCCGUUAGCACGUAUUUCGGCUUCCUGUUGGUCAUGGUAUUCGGGGCCAGCCUAGCCACGGGGAUCAACCAAAACGGUGUCUUUGCUUACGUCUCCGGGUUCGGAAGAGAGGAAUACACCCAGGCCAUUAUGGCCGGCCAAGGCGUUGCAGGAGUCCUACCCUGCAUUGUCCAGAUUCUCUCUGUCCUGGCCGUGCCCGAGAAAAAGGGAGACGACCAGCCGGAAAUACCCCAGGAAUCAUCCAAGUCAGCAUUCUUUUAUUUCAUCACCUCUGCUGCGGUCUCCUUUUCAGCCCUGGUCGCCUUCCUUGCUCUCGCCAAACGCCGAUCCCACCACUACCCAGCUCCCGACCUAUUCGCCGACCAAGCAGAUGACUGUACUUCCGACCACUCCCCCAGCAAAACCAUCAGCCUGUGGGUUCUCUUCAAGAAACUCCGUCUCAUGGCCCUUGCCGUCUUCCUCUGUUUUGCCAUCACCAUGAUAUUCCCCGUGUUCACCGCCGAGAUCGAAUCUGUUCAUGAUCCAUCCGACCGCUCUCGCAUGUUCGAGCCGCCUGUCUUUGUGCCCCUGGCGUUCUUCUUUUGGAACGUCGGCGACCUGAUCGGUCGAAUAUCAGUUAUCAUCCCCCAACUUUCAUUAGCCCAUCGUCCGUUGGCGCUAUUCCUGCUUGCUAUCGGUCGUGUCGUCUUCAUCCCUCUCUAUCUCGUAUGCAAUAUCCGCGGGCGGGGAGCUGCGGUGGAAAGCGACUUCUUCUACCUCUUUAUCGUACAGCUCCUGUUUGGCGUCUCAAAUGGAUACCUCGGUAGUAGCUGUAUGAUGGGCGCCGGCCACUGGGUAUCGGAGGAUGAACGGGAACCUACCGGUGGAUUUAUGGGUUUGAUGCUCGUCGGUGGACUGACUGCAGGAAGCCUCCUCAGCUUCUUUGUUUCUAGUGCUUGA